ACUGACUGGCUGUCUUGCUUGCCUAGUGUUGUUGCCGAUUGAUCGAAACCGUCGGUUUAGUUUGCUGCUCGCAUUCGUCUCGACAGGACGUGAAACCGAGAAAAUUCAAGAGGUAUAGUUUCAAGUGGAAAAUAAGUGGUGAGCAUUGAAGAAAAAAAAAAGUGAAAAGUGUUGUCCAUCGUUCGAGGCCGUGUACAGUUCACCGUUCUUUGUUGUACGCUGCACUCUGCCGGAGUCCAGUUUUGUAUCUUUAGCAAAGCAGUGAUUAAUUGGCCGGAAACCAGAAAGCGCGCAGAAGAGCAAAAAAGUGUGAAACUUCAGUUCAGCAGCAGCGCAUACCAGGCGGUGGAGCAGUAAACAGAAGGUGUAUUUGUCGUUUAGAGAAUGACUACAGGCGAUAAAGGUUGGUUAACAUGUCGCCAAGUACUGAAUAUUAUGGUCAUCUUCGGGUUCAUGUUGAACUACGCGCUGCGGGUGAACUUCACCAUCGCCAUUGUGGUUAUGUGCAAAACGCUGAAGAGCCUAACCACAAACGGGACACUCGGUGACGACGGUCUGGCUUUCGGGAAUGAAACAUCAGCGGCGGCACUAGCCAGUGCUAGUACUACCACGGAACAGAGCGUGAUCGCCGAGGAGGACAAGUUCGAGUGGGAUGCCUACCAGCAGAAUAUGAUGCUGGGCAGCUUCUUCUGGGGCUACAUUCUAACGGAGCUGCCUGGAGGUCGCCUGGCUGAAGUUAUUGGUGGACGACGCGUUUUCGGAUACAGUAUGCUGUUCGCUAGUAUACUGACUCUGUUUCUUCCUAUUGCCGCGUACACUCAUUACAUGGCUGUUGUAAUAUUGCGAGCUGUUUUGGGUUUCUUCUUGGGAGCCUCCUGGCCUGCCAUCCAUCCACUAACUGCCGUCUGGAUUCCUCCGAUGGAUCGGUCAAAGUUCAUAUCCAAUAUGAUGGCUUCCUCGCUAGGCGCCGCCAUCACUAUGCCCAUCUGUGGCUUCCUGAUUGCGACCCUUGGUUGGCAAUCCGUGUUCUAUUUCACCGGCGGAAUCAGCUUGCUGUGGUCAAUCAUUUGGUUCCUGGUUGUGUUUGAAACACCAGCACAACAUCCUCGCAUCACAGCAGAAGAACGGAACGAAAUUGAAACGGCAAUCGGCGCUGUAGGCAAAACGAAGAAGCCGACAUAUGUGCCAUGGAAAUCCAUUCUGACCUCACCUCCCGUGUGGGCUAUCAUCCUGACUCAUGGUGCUUCUGUGUUCGGAUUCUUCACGGUCGUCAACCAGCUACCGACGUACAUGAAGCAAAUUCUGAACUUCAACAUUAAGGAGAACGGUCUUCUGUCCUCGUUGCCAUACUUGGGUAAAUACGUGAUGGCUGUCAUGUCGUCCCAUUUAGCUGAUCACUUGCGCAAAACUGGUGCCCUUUCAACGACUGCAGCCCGUAAAAUCUUCACUGCUUUCGCCGUAAUGACGCCGGGUUUCCUGAUGAUCAUCCAGGUGUACAUGGGCGAAAACCGCAGCUGGGCAGUGGCCAUUUUCACGCUCGCUUUGUUCCUGAACGGUGCUGUUACGGCCGGUUAUCUCGGCAAUGGACUCGAUAUUGCACCCAACUUCUCCGGUACCAUUUUCGGUAUGGCAAACACCCUGUCCUCGUUCGGUGGAUUCGUGUCCGCCUAUAUGGUUGGAGUUCUGACCUAUGAAGACAAAUCCUACGGUCAGUGGCAGAUUGUGUUCUGGAUUCUGGCGGUUGUCUACAUCGUAGGAUCGUCCGCCUAUGUGGUCAUGGGCACCGGUGAGCUACAAGCCUGGAACAAUCCGCCGGAGCGGGGCGUUACCGACAAUCAUGAAGCCGAGGAAGGUGUACCGCUUAAUCAGCAAAACCAAAACAACAAACCAAUCUCAUCGUAAAUUGUUACUAAAAUGCAUCAAGCAAACAAAUCAGCCCGCACUGGAGAUAGGGCAAAAUACGGACAAUUUUGUUCAGCCUUUAUUCAGCUGGUGGUGUCUGGUUAAGUGAAUCGUGCCUAAAGAAAUAGGUAGAAACCUAGUAUACAAUGAACGGUAGCUGUAUAGAAUUAAUUCUCUGACUUUACACUUAGUCGUAGCUGUCGUGUACGAAGUUUGCGAUGACACUUAGAUACUUAUUUUCCCCCCCAAGAAUCACAAAUAUGAUGUAUCGGCUCGGGUGCCGAAAAACUGAAUGUUCUAUUUUUAGGUGAGAUUUUACAAGUAGGUAGUAAGCUUUGGACGAAUGUUUAGCAAAAUAGAUUUCAACAAAAUAGGAACGCUCUUCUUAGAAGUUGCUUGAAGCAUUUAUUCAAGUGUUGCGCUUCGAAUGCGUACCGUAGAGCAAGUCUAAGCCUUAGUAUUUUAAAUUAACAUUUGUUAUAUAUGUCUGUUGAUUCGAAGCAAUGACGAAUCAGAUGAAUUCCAUCAGUGCUUUUUAAAUCCUGAGUGUAGCAUGCACAUUUCGGCUUCACUUGGUACUGAUUAGACUUUCAUGUUUUAGUGAAAAGGAGUGAAAAGAGUUUAUAAGAUCAUAUGCUAGCCAUAGUACGGCGAUAAAUGGGACUUAAUUUAUAGCUUGGCAGGUUGAGCAUUUCUCCCGUAAAACAUUGAAACAGAAAAUAAACAAAACAUUACCAGUGAUAACCAUCCAAUGCAGUGCCAAAUCAGGACUAUAACGUACAUUGACACUCAGGUUAAAAAAGACAAAAAAAAAAUAAUUUUUGCAUGUGCCCUAGAUUGGUAACGUAUUUCGAAAACGUAUUCUCAUGAGCAUAAACUGGUUGAUGCAAAUUUUAUUUGGAUUUUAUUCAGAAUCCAGCUGCGCUGGAUGAAAUAAAGUCAAAACAUAACCUAGAUGGGAUUUAAAAUACGUUUGGAAAGUAAAAUAUGGAACCAAUCAAAUCAUGUUAGUUAUCACUUUAAAAAUUGUACCGAAUGGAGCUAGAAAUAGUCCCUUUGGUUAUCUUUUAUAAUUUAUUCUCGUAGAUUGAUUGAUUUCAAAUUAGGCAAAACGUGCAAUUCGUUUCGUAAAAAGUAUCAUAACAUGAAUUUUUGAUUCUUUAUUCCUUUAUCAUCAGUGCUCAUUAUCUGAAAAAGCGAAAAAUGAUGCACUUGCCAAGACAAAACAACACAACAGAUGCUACAAAUCAGUGAAGCGCGCAAGCGUCUAGCUAGCCAGCGAUAGCCAAUAGUUGUUUCAGGGGAUGUAAAAUUUUUAUUUACACUAGUGCUCUUACGGAAAAGGUAGAAACGUAUACAACACAUUUCCCAACUCUACUCAAUUGCGAAAU